UCAUCCCGUGGUGCUGCUGCUGUGGCGUUUCAGCAUGCGACAACUUCAGUUUCAGACGAUCUCCAAAGGAGCCGUGCAGCCAUGGGAGUGCAUUACCUCAUCCAUGCAAUUUCCACCAUCAAUAAUUUAAUCUAUUUGCUCCAAAGCUGAAGAGAUAUCCUGAAGCUUGUCGGGGAGAGUACAGAGAGGAAAAUAUCGCUUAAGUAAAUUACUCAGGGAGUUGUCCAAAACAUCCCAGAUGACACUACUGUCCUGUUGAAUGGUCUGUUUUACGACUGGGCAGUAAAAGUUCCACCAGGUUAGAAGAGUGAUGACCAUCCUGUUCCUUACUAUGGUUAUUUCAUACUUCAGUUGCAUGAGAGCUGCGCCCCUGAGAGACGCCCCGGGCAUGCGGGGCCAUCGGACGGAAGGCUACUUGGGUGCUGCUGCGACGGCCGCACGAGGCCAUGGGACUCCACAGAGUGGUGGUGGGCCAGGCCAGCGCGGGGAACUGCCCUCACUCACAGACACGUUUGAGCAGGUGAUAGAGGAGUUGCUGGAGGUGGAGGGAGAGGCGGCACAGCUGGGACAGGGGGCUGAUAAGAGCCAGGGAGGUGGGGGCCCGUCUUCUGUGGUGACCACAGAGACCAAGGAUGUCGACCUGUACGACUCGCGGGUGAUGAUCAGCAACCAAGUGCCUUUGGAGCCGCCCUUGCUCUUUCUUCUGGAGGAAUACAAAAACUAUCUGGAUGCCGCUAAUAUGUCCAUGAGGGUGCGGCGACACUCCGAUCCCUCACGGCGUGGAGAGCUCAGUGUGUGUGACAGUAUUAGCCAGUGGGUGACAGCUGUGGAUAAAAAGACGGCAAUAGACAUGUCUGGGCAGACAGUUACCGUCAUGGAAAAGGUCCCUGUCCCCAAUGGCCAACUGAAGCAAUACUUUUAUGAGACCAAAUGCAACCCCAUGGGGUACACAAAGGAGGGCUGCAGAGGAAUAGACAAGCGGCAUUAUAAUUCCCAAUGCAGGACAACCCAGUCCUACGUGCGAGCGCUUACCAUGGAUAGCAAAAAGAAGAUUGGCUGGCGGUUUAUAAGGAUAGACACUUCAUGUGUAUGCACAUUGACCAUUAAAAGAGGGAGAUAGUGUAUAAAAUGUAUAGAUUUUAUUGAAGAGUUUAAAAAAGAGAAUAAAGAGAAAAUAUCUAUUUGUAUAUAUACAUAACAGGGUAAAUUAUUCCGUCAAAUGAAAAUUUUAUGGACUGCAUGUAAAAAAAGAUGAAGUUUAUACAGUAAAAGUGAUACUACAGUCUAUUUAUUGAACAUAUUCAUGACCUUGUAAACAAUUAAAAAAAAUCUGAUCAGUCAUUUGCGCCCAGUUUAAAUUACUAUAUCACAUUCCUCAAGACAUUGUGAUUUGUUUACGUUGCCAAGAAUUAGAAAAUGAAGGAAAAAAAAACAGGCAAGGAAUGAGAGAGGACAGUUCCAUCUUCAAAAGCUUGCAUGCUGCUUCAAUUGUGAAUUGAGAAA